AUGGCCACCAGCAUUGAGGUUACGCAGGACAUUCGUCGAACGCGCCAAUGCCCUUAUUGUCAGAGGGAGUUCAACAAGGCAGACCACUAUCAUCGACAUGUUCGCUCACAUACCAAAGAGAAGCCAUUUCGUUGUGACACUUGCAAGAAAUCCUAUCCCCGCCAUGACACACUUCUGCGCCAUGCGAGAACUCACCAGAAGACCGCAAACCGUGAGUUAACUGGAAAAGACAACACCGACGCAAGCAUUAGCUCUGCGAGCAACCGUGCAGCAUCUCAUCCACCUGCUCAAUAUACAUUCCUUCCUCCAUAUGGGCCUGACUCUGGACCACCAGAGCUGCAUACUCCCAGAAGUCGGAUUAACCAGCGCUCUGACCAAGACAGCGCCCCAACCGGGGUUGUGUCUGUUUCCCAGCACCAGCAUGGUCAGGGAAAUGUUUCUGCUGCCUCUUUCGACGAUUCCGUGGAAAAUCAGAAUUUCAGCAACGACCGAGGUAUUCCAACAUCACAAAGUCUUCCCUCGGUCUCGGGUACUGGCACAGCUGAUGGUACACAUUGCUCUCACCUUACGAGCAUCUACUCCCACAACACCUGUACUCAAGGAUUAGUUUUCACAGGAGCACAUGAUGAGCAGAACUCUGCCGACUGGCUUCUAGGCCACGACUUCGACCUCGCUGCAUUUGGAUUUCCUGAAAGUGAUUUGGUGACAGACUCAAACCAGACCUUCGACUAUGAUAACGACCUGGGAACAGCUUUGGCAACCCAAUCAAAACCUGGUCUGCGAAAACUGCCACGUCUGCUAGACUUUAGAAGCAUCUGGUACACUCGGAUCCGUACCGUCGACACCGGAUAUCGGGCAGGUUCAGGACCGGGUACCAUCACUCCGGUCUAUGGCAAUUCCCCGAGCGAUACCACUAUUGAUGAAAUAUAUCGUGUGAAUAUGGCGGGAAGGCUUCGAGUACCUUCAUCAGAUGAACCUCUACCCUCCAUCGAUUUUCUGAAUUUAUGCAUCCAUUUAUUCUUUACCAGAUUCAAUGUCACCCUCCCGAUGAUCCAUAGCCCGACAUUUCGUCCAACAAGAGCCAAUGCGCUACUAGUACUAUCGAUUUGUAGUGGCGGCAGCAUCUCGCUAGGUUCGGCUAUGGCCAACAAGGCCGGUUCCAUGCUGUUCGAGAGGGUGAACAAGGCUGUCCUGGCUGCUACCUGGGAUGAAAACUUUUCGCACAAGCCCGACCAUGUCAGAAAUGUCCUCAAAACCUCCAUGAUCGGCCAAACAUUUGCCCUUCUCUCAGGCAAUCCUUCUCAUUUGUUGACGGCAGCAGCGUUCCAUGGAUCCCUAAUAUCAGUGGCUCGACAUAACAAACUCUUCCAAGACACUCGCACCGUUGAACUUGCUGAAGAUCUAACUCCCGAAGAGCUCAAUGAUGCCUGGAGGGGAUGGGCAAGAGACGAAGAGCUGAAAAGAAUCGCACUUGUUCUUUUCAUCCACGAUGCCGAGGUUUCAGCAUUGUUCCAUCACGAACCGUUGUUGCGGCACAACGUUCGAUCUCUACCUACAGCAUGCUCUGCGGAGCUGUUUUCUGCUCCAACAGCUGCCAUAUGGGCCACAAGAUACAGGGCAGAGCAACGAGAUAGGCUGAGGCAGGCUGACCAACUGUCAAGUGGCAGUUUCGUGACCAAAACGGCCGAGAGCGAUGCUUCGGCCGGACAUCUACAGACUCCUGUGACUGUGUGGCCUGCUCAGGAUCAUAUGCUCAACGUAUACACGCGAAUAUCUGGGAUUAGUCCUUCCAUCAUCGAAGCUCGGCACAUGGGAUGUCUGACCAGUCCGCAAGCCCACAAGUUUGAGUCAGAUCUUGUGUCAUGGUACAUCUCGGUGCCAACUCCGUUUCGAGAACUAGGAACAACGUCUAUGCAACCCGAGGCGCCGUUCACAAUGUUGCCACUAUGGCAUUAUUCUUUUAUCCAACUGACGGCAGACCUGGACGUUUUGGAGCUUGCCAUUGGAAGAGAGGGACCGCUAAUAUCUGACUCAACAAGGUCUUACGCUUUAUCCUGGGUGGCAUCGCCCGACUCCAAAAGGUGCUUAUUGCAUGCAUUAUUGUUGCAAAACCUGAUGACUUCCGUGAACAUGGGCUCUUUCUUCCCACUCCAUACUGCACGUAUCCUGUUUUCGGCCGCAGUUUGCUGGUAUUGUUACAUGUUAUAUUUACCAUAUGCUGCAGCGACUGACCAACGCGAGUGGACAUUCUCGGUGCGUUCAGACCACCAGCCUCUGGAAUCUUGCCCGGAGGUCAGACUACUGCGCGAGGGCGACAACCCGACUUCGCCGGCUUUUACUUUGGAAAUGGGGAGCUGCAACGAUGCUAUUUCUGAUCUUGACCGGAUUCUGAAUGCCAACACAUCAGAAAUGAAGGCGGGGACUCUCUGCGUUUUGGAAGGUGUCCUACGUAGACUAGGGACGGGAGGCAUCGCAAGGGCAUUUGCAGACAUCGUCCAAGUGUUUAUCUCCGGCGAGGUUGAUAAAUGUAACGCUCAAGAUACUAUGCAUAUAUGA